CUCUGCAUGCCCGUUGGCCAUUGCUUACUCCGCCGAUCGAAUCCCAACGUUGCAGCAGCUCACACGAAACUCUCCACCCUCCAUGCAGGGCUUCACGCAAAUCUGCCGACCCGCCAUGCAUGCCAGGUCCCAGCUCACAGCAACCGCGGCCUCAGGGACACACCAUUGCCGUGCACCGCCGUCGCUCCGAUGCUAUAAACCCAACGCAACCAACCACAAACCACCUCCAAGAACCAAUCAAGAAAAAAACCUUCGCCUCCAGUUUCCAAGAAGGAUCAGCAACGUAACCGAGCAGCAAUGGCGCUGGCUCCUUCGUUCUGCGUCGCGCUGCUGCUGCUGGUGGUUUCCGUCGCCGGCGUCCACGCGGUGCCCCAGGCAGGCGAGAGCAGCAGCACCUCCACUUGCAGCACCGACCUCUUCCGCCUCCUCCCCUGCCUGCCCUUCAUCGACGGCACCGCCGCCGCGCCGGCGGACACCUGCUGCGCCAACCUGGGCAGCAUGGUGCACGACGAGCCGCAGUGCCUCUGCCAGGCUCUCAGCAACCCCAGCACGGCCCCCGUCGCCGUCAACAUGACGCGCGUGAUGGGGAUGCCCGGCCUCUGCCGCCUCGACCUCCCGUCCGCCGCUGGCGCCUGCGCAGUUGCAGGGCUUCUUCCCCAUGGACCGUCACCGCCACCGCCGGCGAUCCCUCCACGCCCAAGCGCGACCUCCACCGUUCCAUCGACCCUCACGCCGGCGAGGCAGAGGCCGACGACGCCACAGGUGACACAGUCACCGUGGGUGAGCGGCCCGAUGCCACGAUACAGCAGGGGUUCCAAGGUGAUUGUCGAUGGCUUUUCGGUCGCACUUGGUUUGGUGGCGUUGGUGUCAGUCCUAGCUUUCUGAAGCAUUCGGCCACAGCCUACAGCGAUGGGUGGCAUUUCGU